AUGAAGAUUGAGCAUGCAGUUUAUUACUUGAGCCGGACCUUAUUAGACGCUGAAACUAGAUACUCGCCAAUCAAAUGGUUGUGUUUAGCUUUCUACUUUGCUUGUACUAAGCUCCGCCAUUACAUGUUGUCCUUCACUACAGUGGUGGUGGCACAAACUGAUUUAGUAAAGUAUAUGCUUACCAGACCUAUGCUUAGGGGUCGGAUUGGCAAGUGGAUCUUGGCGUUAUUAGAGUUUUGUUUACAAUAUACACCCUUAAAGACGCUCACAGGACAGGCAGUGUCCGACUUUUUGUUGCAUCAUCCUAUUAUGGAGGACAUCGAAAGCCAGAACUUGGUUGUUCCCUUUGUUUACACUCAGCCUUGGGUUCUAUAUUUUGAUGGAAGCAGCACUUAUCAUUUAUCAGGAGCGGGUGUUGCAUUGGUUAACCCUUCCGGAGUCAGACAUUGUUACUUUUUUCAACUAGAAUGGAAGUGCACUAAUAAUCAGACAGAAUAUGAGGCAAUCAUCAUUGGCCUAGAACUUUUGCUUGAUCUGGAAGUAACCGAGGUUGAGGUAUUAUGUGACUCACUUCUAGUCAUUAACCAGCUCAAGGGUGUCUACAAGUGCAAUAAUUUUACAUUACUCCCUUUUUGGGAGCGAGCAUCGGAAUUGUUAGAACAAUUUGUAGACGUGGUGCUUGAUUAUAUUCCUAGGGAACGAAAUUUUGCUGCCAAUGAAUUAGCACAGUUGGCUACGGGCAUUCGCUUGGCAGAUGACGUUCGCGAGAGGAUUCUGAAGGUUCAGAGAAGCACAUUACCUUCCUUUAUGGCAAGGAAAGAGGUUAACGAUGAAUGGUCGGUUACUGUCCUCGACACUAUAGAUGUAGAUUGGCGACAACCGAUUAUCCAGUACCUCACUGAUCCUUCGGCACCAGUGGACAAGAGGGCUAUAUAUUUUGCUACUAACUACGUCCUUCGAGGCAGUGAACUAUUGCGCAGGGCAGAAGACGGCUUGUACUUGUGA